AUGCACACUAAAACAGAAAACAAGACCGGUUGGCUCCAAGAGAUGGACCUCAAUGACUUGAAUAACCACGUUAUGGAGGAGACGCCAAAGGGCUAUGAACUGGAAAUUGACAGUAGUGGCAAGUUCCUGGCUGGUCCAUUGUUUGCUGUCGUCGGCGGUGGAAAUACCGUCCUCCUCGCUAAUCUGUACUCGAUCGCAUCGGAUUUGGUGGUUCAAUCAGACCGAGCAUCCACAUUCUUCCUCAUGGCAUUCGCCAGUCUAGUCGGUGCCUCUGUUGGGCCAGCUAUUUCCUCCAUCUUUAUGGAAGCAUUUUCACCUUGGGUUUCAGCCUUCAUCGCCUUCUUCGCCAACCUGGUUGCUCUAAUCCCGCUCUUCUUUCCGAGUCAGAAGAAGGGCCUCAUAGCUUCCGAUUGCGCCUAUAUCAAUCAGUCCCUUCAAUUUGGGUCUUCCAUCUCAUCGCUGAAAUCUGCUUCCCUAAUUCUUGUCUUAGCCACCUUUCUGCCAGCCGCACCCGAGGUCCUAGGUACUUCCCAAUUCUUCGCACAGUACAUUAGCAAGCGCUUCAACUGGCCUUUGUCCAAAACGGGCUAUCUUUUGACCCUCCGCGGGAUCAUCCACAUGGGAGUCCUACUUUUUACAUUUCCUUUACUUUCUAAGGUACUCUUGCGAUACCAGCGUCCACCAGUCAAGUACUUGACGCUCGCCCGUGCCUCGGUUGCAAUUGCCGCCGUCGGAGCACUCUUCAUGGCUGCGUCACAGAUAGGAUGGGCGGUUGCAGGACUAGCGGUUCAUAGCCUGGGGUCUGGUCUGGCCCCGCUGUGUCGCUCGCUAGCAACCAGCUAUGUGGCACCACAGGACACGUCCAAAUUGAAUACGGUCAUCGGUAUUGUUGAAACAACAGGGUUGCUGUUUGCUGGGCCGGCACUCGCGUGGUUGUUUGAGACGGGAAUAAAACUGGGAGGCAUGUCGCUUGGGCUGCCGUAUUAUGGUUUGGCAGGGUCGUUCUUGUUGUGUCUGGUGGGCCUGAUCUUUGUCCAUCCCCCUGCCCAGGGAGAGGAGACCGACGAAUCUUAG